GGGAGUACGGAGCCUGGUUUCGGGGCGGCGGGAGCCGGUGGGGGCCCGGCGAGGAGGGCUGGAGGUGGCGGGGCCUGGCGAGGCCGCGAUGAAGCCGAGCCGCGAGGACGAGGAGGAGCCCGCCCGGGGCCCCUGGCAGGAGUGCUUCGAGGCGGCCGUGCAGCUGGCGCUGCGGGCGGGACAGAUCAUCAGAAAAGCCCUUUCUGAGGAAAAACAUGUUUCAACAAAAACAUCAGCUGCGGAUCUUGUGACAGAAACGGAUCACCUUGUGGAAGAUUUAAUUAUUUCUGAGCUGCAGAAGAGGUUUCCUUCGCAUAGGUUCAUUGCAGAAGAGGCUGCGGCCGCCGGGGCCAAGUGCGUGCUCACCCCCAGCCCCACCUGGAUCGUCGACCCCAUUGACGGCACCUGCAACUUUGUGCACAGAUUUCCAACUGUGGCAGUAAGCAUUGGAUUUGCUGUGAACCAAGAGCUCGAAUUUGGAGUGAUUUACCACUGCACAGAGGAGCGGCUGUACACGGGCCGGAGGGGCCAGGGGGCCUUCUGCAAUGGCCAGCAACUCCGGGUCUCCAGGGAGACAGAUCUCUCAAAGGCCUUGGUUCUAACAGAAAUUGGUCCCAAACGUGACCCUGCUACUCUGAAAUUGUUCCUGAGCAACAUGGAGAGGUUACUCCACGCCAAAGCUCAUGGGGUCCGAGUGAUUGGGAGCUCCACCCUGGCACUCUGCCACCUGGCCUCAGGGGCCGCAGAUGCCUAUUACCAGUUUGGCCUGCACUGCUGGGACCUGGCUGCUGCCACGGUCAUCAUCAGAGAAGCAGGUGGCAUCGUGAUGGAUACUUCAGGCGGACCUCUCGACCUCAUGUCCUGCAGAGUGGUUGCUGCCGGCACCCGGGAAAUGGCGACGCUCAUAGCUCGGGCCUUACAAACAAUUAACUAUGGGCGCGACGAUGAGAAGUGAAAGGGAGCGGAUGACAGACAACUGCCAACCCAGGUCUGGGCCUUCCAGGAACGCCGAAGCUGGUGGCCUUGAGCAGCCUGCCCUCAAAUGUCUCACCCGUUCCUCAUCACCCCCCAGGGAGGUGUUAUGCUAAAGUAUGUGGCACUCGGGUUAAAUCCAUGUCUCUCACCGGGAUUUGGUGUCUAGCUGGUUUCUCUCUUUAAUCUCACAUAGCCUUUUUCAGGUUAGUACAAGUUCUAUCACAGCCAAAACCCAAAUCUCAUAUGAUGUAUGUAUUGAUAGUCUUGAUUUUUCCUUUUCCAGAAUGCAAAUCUCAGGUAAUAAGGCUUUAGAACUGCUGAUAAAGCGGACUUGUUCUCAGGCCCUCCUCGCUGGUACUUCACAAUGCAAUAAAUCAAAAUAAUGGCACUCU